GUGGACUAUGCAAGUGGUGUUCCUGUGUCCCUACACCAGCCACAACAUCAUUAUGAGCGGCAGGAAUUUGUCACCACCGACAGGGAGUCGGCACUGGUUGUUUACCACGAAGAGGCAUACAUCAGCAGCAGCCGUCAAAUGGCAUGGAAACCUUCAUACAGGUCCCGUUUGGAGGUCUGCCCCGGCUUGCAGUGGCUACCUUCAGAGAGUCGCCCGUUCCUGUGUCAGACUCGCAUCAGCAGGCUCAGCACUACGAACAAGAGAUCGAGCAGAGGGCUGCGGAUGAAAUGGUAGCAAUGUCCCAAGUGCUGGACCUGCACCGAUCGGUGGCCCCAAGCACCUCUCGCGACUCGGUAGUGGACAUUCCCGUGUCGCUCCACUCGCACCAUGCCCACCACCUGGCACGGCCUUCAUCGUCUUCCUCGUCCUCGCCUCCACCACAGAGCCCUGCCCUACUGGUGCUGCCAGGCUCGGCCGAGGAGUCUGUGGGAGCCUUGAGGCUGGAAUCUCAGCUGACAGUUGGCCCCGAGAGUGCAUCUACCUUAGGUCUACCCAUGCUGUUGGACAAGGCCAGCCUUGCAUUGUGCUCGAGCAGUGCCUCUUCCUCUGCGCUUUCUUCCCUCGGGCCAUCGACUUCGUCAGGCAGUCGAGGUGCCAUAGGCCUGGCUACCCACCUCUCGCAGCGGUACCUCCUAGAGCAAGCACAAUACCUGGUGGCCGACUUGGCAUCCAAGGAGCUCCUUCCCUCAAUUCUUCAGAGCUCCUGCUCCUCCGGCGCCUCCACGUCGACGGGUGUGCCCUCCGCUGGUUCUUCCGCAGCUUCAUCAUCAGUUCACGGUCUCAACUUCUCACUGGCUGCUGCAAAGGCUCUUUUGGCCACACAGCAGCAGCCACAACAGCACAAGUUUGGCAGUGGAAGCAGCACGCUGCAACAUGCAGGCCCCUCUUCGGUAGCGAGCGGCUCGGUGGCGGCCAUGGUUGCGAGUCCCGAGCACUUGGAGGCCGAGCCUUUAGAUGCCGGGGACGAGGAAGGAGUGCUGGACUCCUCGUCUUCCGCUGGACCUGGCGCUCUGCUCGAGGUGCAUCCUGCCAGUGCGGUGCCACUGUACGGGAACGUUUUUGUCACGGAGCGAGGCGAGGUGGCUCUCGUCAGCAGCACGGGGCAGGACUCUGAGGACCUGCUGGAGAAGCAGGUAGGGCAGGGGAACGCGGGCCCAGGUCCAUGCAGCUCUGUGCAGCAAUCUGUGCUGCGGCCACUGCAGCGGAUGGAGUGGGCAAGUUCAGUGAUUGUGACUGUUAUAUUGUGACUGUCAGGCCCAAUUCACACAGCCGUCAGA